CCGUCUGCUAAUUUCCUCACACUCCGCAGUAACCAUAUUAGCUUACACAAAAUAUGAGUUUCGGAGCCCUAAGAUCCAUAAUCCGACCCGUAUCAAGAACCCUCUUUUCAUCGCCGAUCAAGUCCGCCUUCUCUCCGGCGACAUUGCCGCCGGCGAUUUCUCCACUUCCGGCGAUCAAAUGCCCAUGGAUUCCACCGUCAAGUGCUCUCAUUCACAGUCUCACAGAUACACGAUUACCGAAGCGAAGGCCCAUUGAUAAGCCCCGCAAGAAAAGAGCUAGCUUGAGACCCUCAGGGCCGUAUGCUUGGGUUAAGUAUACGCCUGUUAUUCAACCGAGUGCUACGCCGAAUCAGGGAAGCUCGAACCAGAAGAAUGUCAAGAGGAGGAAUGAGAAGAAGCGGAUAAAGCAGAGGCACAGCUUUAUAAUGUCUGAGAAAAGGAAACGUAAAGUGCUAAUGCAAGAAGCAAAAAGGAAGAAGAUCAUUAAAAGAGUUGAGCGCAAGAUGUCUGCUGUUGCAAGGGACAGAGCAUGGGCAAUAAGACUAGCAGAACUACAGCGUCUUGAGGAAGAAAAGAAGGCGGCUGCUACUGCCUAAUAUUUUCUUAGAAGCCCCAAAUAAUGUAGUAGCUGAAACCUUCUCUUUUCUUUAAAUGUAGGAUUUAAAAAAACUGUAUUUCUUAUGCAAAUGCACAUGCAUUUUUAUUUCUUUUAGAGUACGCCAACUUCCAGGUGUCACUUGUACUGCUUACCUUGGCAAAUUUGCCCUUUAUUACUGCCAAUGUGAAUCUACAGAAUAUGGUAUAUUGUUAUGCA